AUGCAGAAGUGGUUAAGGACCAGAUUAGCUGACUUCCUCGUCUUCGGAGUCCUCAUCAUCUUCAGCAUUGCGUGCUUCUUCUUGCGCUCGGAGAUUGAAAACUACCUCCUCAGGUUUGGCGUGGAGAAUGCCCUGGUGGUGGGAAUCCCGAACGAGACGUCGACGGGAAUCUUUCUGGAGAUGGAGGAUGUCUCGACUGUGGGAGCGGCAGAGCAAUACCUCCGAGGGUGCUUCGACUAUCAGCUCUUCAACCCGCAGUCCACACUACGCAAGUUCUACACGCCGGUGGGUGACAUACGCUUCCGCGUGCAGAAGGCGGCCUUGAAGACCUGCACUCGACCCGAGAUUCCGGCCACCUUCGCGCGGAGCUGCAGAUAUGUCGAGGUCUCGAGCUCCAUGCAGGACGAGAAGGACACUCGGAAUCUGGCUCUGCAUGCAAACUUUGAUUGGGUGCACCCAAGCAUACAGCGUCACGAUGGAUGCUGGUUCAUGUCGGUAAGUUUGGAGUAUUUUUACUGGAAGCUGCAGGAGUUGCUCUUUGACGAUGACGCGCUCCCAGAAUUGGCGAACCUCCUCAUGAAUGUAUCCGGAAAUCCCACGAUGUUCAGCAAAUCCACAGUGGCCACGGACGAAAUCUGGGGGAAGAACGGAGCUCUGUACAGCGGCUCUGGAUAUAGCUUCUGGUUCCCGAUCAACCCAUCCAACCUCGCCAACGUGACGACGAAGAUGGGCGAAUUAGCCUCGCCACAGUGGCUUACCGGCGACACACGAAUGCUGGCCGUCGUGGUGGAGUUCACCCUUGCCAAUUACCAUGCAGGUGGAUACGUGUCAACUGUUUUGCUGCUUGAAAUCUUUCCAUCCGGCGCAUCGCGCUUCACUGCAGUGCUGCUGCCCUUCCAUCUGGCAAAGACCUCUGGUGACAUCACCGCUGAUGUUUUGGACAUUUUCCGCUGGAUCAUCAUCAUCGGCUAUCUUUGUCUUUACAAGGUCUGGCGCACGUGUGAGGACUACGUGCGGGAUGGCUUCUCUGGGUUGCGGUAUGUGCUUUCACCAGCAGGCCUGCUGGAUGCGGCCUCCAUCGGAUUGUUCAUAGCGCUUCAGUACUGGCGCUCCAGCAAAGUGAAGCCCGUGGAGCCCAUGAGUUCGAGCAACAGCCAGCACUUCGUUUCCUACAGCCGCUGGGCUUCGUGGGAGGAAAUGGCGGCCAUAGGUGAGGCAGUCUUAGUGUUCCUUCUGAUCGUCAGGUACACCACGCUGCUUCGAUUUUAUCCUCCGGUGUAUCGAUUCUUCGUGCUCUUCAGCAAGUCAUUCCGGGUGGGCUUGUACUACUUGGCCAUCUUCGUGCCGGUCGCAGCAUCGACAAUCUUUUUCGCCAACUGCCUGUAUGGCCCGCCAGAGGCUGAGGGCUGA